CUGGGGCGCAGACUACUUCCCACGCCCUAUCGCAAGCCGUCCACCGGCCACGAUCAGCACCCGUCGAGGGAUGUGAAGUGGCGAUCGUCCGAUCUGUAUGGCCAAGUCUUCUUUCAUAUGGCGGUGGAUGUCGGCCGGAGAUUUGGCUUCGAUUCUUCCUUCUGCUUCAUAUGGCCAAGUCUUCUGCCUCUAAAUGUUGUCGGCGGCUACCCACGCCUUCAAUCGAGCCGUCGAGCCACGGUCCCCGCCAACAACGGACAGUCUAUCUCGGUCGUCGCUGUCGAUUUUGGAUUGAGUUGUGUGGAUGAAAAGAGUUUGAGAAAAAAUGGGAAACAAAUUAGGGUUUUGGUCUCUCUGUGCGAAGGAAGAAUGAUAAGAAAGGAAAAGAAAGAAGAGGGGGUUAGACCCAAAAAUCUCAGAAAAUCCGAGCCAAAACCUACUCGAUCUCAGCCCCUUGUAUCGCCUUCGAGUUCUUUCCGGCGAGUCCCUUCACCCCCUUCGCUAUCCGCCCAGCACAACCUUCACCGGCGGUUCACCACAGCUGUACCAUCAAGUUCCGCCGUCGCUAGUAGCAGCCGGAGGCCCGUAGAUCCCGUCAGUUCACGUCGACAGUCCGUACGAAGAGAAGAAGUAGCAAUAGAUUCUCGUCGGCCUUCGUUCAACGGCGCACAGCAGUCCUUCUCGCCGCGAGCUCGUACGUCACCGAACCGAGACCAUCGCAGCAUAGUCGAGCUGCGUGUGCCCGAGUUUUGUCCGAACCUCCUUCGACCUUUAUUUGUAGUCUUCCGAAGGAGGUAUGUGAGUCGGGAAUCCCUUCCUUAG